AUGGUUUUAGCAGAGUUAGGAGAACAGAUCUCUGGCGCCUUGCGCCGUCUCCACACCGCGACGGUGGUAGACGAGCAGGUUGUUCAGGAGUGUGUCAUGGCAGUCUGUCGCGCGCUCCUUCAAGCGGAUGUCCACGUUCGCGUCGUUCAGCAAUUCAAAGCCUCGGUGACUGCCGGGAUCAACAAUCGUCUCCUCUCGCACUCCCAGGCCGCUUCCUCCUCCUCUUCUUCUUCUGCUUCUUCUCAAAAAGCUUCUUCCACUGCUGGGAAAGGCAGCGCCGCUCCAAGCCCAGCGACCGGCUCAGGCGGCACAGGACCGGCUGUCAAGUUCGAUGUCGCCACCGGCGCAACCACGGAGGCGAGCGGGGUUGGGGCAAACAAAGACACCUUUCAGGAAAUCAACACACGCGCUGCGGCCGUCGGCGUCAAUUCCAGAAAAAUCAUACAAAAGUGUGUCAUUUCGGAGAUCGUGGCGAUGUUGACGCCCGCGCGGCAGCCUUACGUGCCGCGGAAGGGCGCGACGAACGUGAUUAUGUUUGUCGGUUUGCAAGGAAGUGGAAAAACGACAACGUGCACCAAGUUUGCGCACUACUACCAGCGAAAAGGCUGGCGCGUGGCGCUCGUCUGUGCCGACACCUUUCGAGCAGGCGCUUUCGAUCAGCUGAAGCAGAACGCGACAAAGGUUCGGAUCCCCUUCUAUGGAAGCUACACGGAGGCCGAUCCAGUGAAGAUUGCGGAGGAAGGCGUCGAGCAGUUCCGGAAAGAGAAAUACGACAUGAUUAUUGUUGACACGUCUGGUCGGCACAAACAAGAGGCCGCCCUCUUUGACGAAAUGAAGCAAGUUGCGGAGGCCGUUGAUCCCGACGAUGUCGUGUUUGUGAUGGACAGCCACAUUGGACAAGCUUGCUUCGAGCAGGCACAAGCUUUCAGCGAGAGCGUUGACGUCGGAAGCGUCAUCAUCACCAAGCUUGACGGCCACGCAAAGGGUGGAGGCGCACUUUCCGCCGUCGCCGCGACAGGCGCUCCAAUUAUCUUCCUCGGCUCGGGCGAGCACUUUGAUGACUUCGAGGCCUUUGAGGCUAAUUCGUUUGUUUCAAGGCUUCUCGGUCUGGGCGACGUGGGUGGCCUUUUCUCGACGCUGAAGGAGAUGGUCAGCGUGGAGAAACAGCAAGAGUUGAUGGACCGCUUGAGCAAAGGCAGAUUCACGCUCGAAGAUAUGGGGGAGCAGUUCCGCAACGUCCUCAAAAUGGGACCUAUCAGCAAGGUGAUCAGCAUGGUUCCUGGCAUCGGGAGCAACUUGAUUUCAAAGAACCAGGAGCAAGCAGGGGUUAUGCGAAUCAAGCGUUUUCUGUGCAUCAUGGAUUCGAUGACCGAUGAAGAGUUGAAGUGCGACAAACAGUUCACAGACUCUCGCAUCCUCCGAGUUGCACAGGGCUCCGGCACGUCCCUGGAGGAAGUUAAAAUUCUUCUUGAUCAACACAAACAAUUCAGCAAGAUGGUCGGUAAGAUGGGGAAAAUCGGCUUAACAAAGGAGAGCGCGUUGCAGAACAUGAUGCGGAAUCCUCAGCAGAUGAUGAGCAAAGUUCAAAACAUGCUGGACCCGCGGAUCCUCAAACAAAUGGGCGGCGCUGGGAAUAUGGUGAAUCUUCUUCGGGAGCUCCAGUCCAAGGAAGGCAUGGAAGACAUGCAGGAAAUGAUGAAGCAAAUGGGCAUGGGAGGAGCCUUCCGAGGCUUCGGCGGCGGCCGACGCUAG